AUGGGUCUAGACACCCAACCUAAGCGCGUUGUGGCCGUGGCCUCGCCGGACAUACGCGCGUCCAUGAGUGUUGGCGGUUUUUGUGUGGCAGUCCUAACCCUACAGAUCCAGUGCAUAUACCGUUCACCAGCCCAGACAGCGUUGGUCAAAGUGGGACACAAAGAUGGCAACGGUUGCCUGUGUGUGCCAGCAUUUGGUGAAGAAUGA